CACUGUACACUUUUAAAAAAAAUGUUUAUUUAUUGUUGGAGUUUCACAGUAUUUCACAGUGUUAAUCAUGUCAGAGUGAGACCAACUCUGCAGAGACGUAAUUAUGCUCUGACCCUGUAUUUCACUGCUUUGGGUGGAGAUGAGACCAUGAUGAAUUGUCUCUCCUCAUGCAGUUGACAGGGGCGGCUUAACAUCAGCGAGACCCCAAACAACUUGUCUCAACAUGCAUACAGUGGCUCACUUGUCGAACUUGUCUAGUUGUCCUAAAAAUGUUGGUCCAGGUGAAGUACAGACAACAGCAGAAGUAUGUGAAGUUGGAUGCAGUUGAAGGACAGUUUGAUUUUCUACAAUUCAAUGAAAAAGAAAGCCUCCAAGGUACCAUCAUGUCAGACACUGAGGAGAUUGUGGAGGAGUACGAGCUGGAGGAAGAGGAGGAGGAGGAAGAAGAACAAGUUGAGAAGCAGGAGGAUGAUGAAGCAGAGAAGAAAGCAAAGCAUGCACAGGAGACUGAGCACGAGGAGGACUCCAAAUGGCGACCUAAGACAAUUUAUGUGCCAAAUAUUGCUCCUCCAAAGCUCCCUGACGGUGAGAAGGUGGAUUUUGAUGACCUGCACCGCAAGAGAGUAGAAAAGGACUUCAACGACCUCCAGACCCUGAUCGAGUCGCACUUCUCCACCCGCCAGAAGGAGGAGGAAGAGCUGCUCACGCUGCGUAGCCGCAUUGAAGAUCGUCGGUCAGACAGAGCGGAACAGCAACGCGUCCGCACCGAGCAGGAUCGCGAACGGCAAACGCGCCUGGCUGAGGAGAGGGCGCGGCGUGAGGUGGAGGCAGCCAAACUGCGCGCUGACGAGGAGGCAAAGAAGAAGAAGAUCUUCACCAACAAGUCCUUUGGUGGCUACCUGCAGAAAGUGGACCAGAAGAAGGGCAAGAAGCUGACAGCGCGGGAGGAGAAGAAGAAGGCCCUGAUGGAGCGCCGGAAGCCGCUCAACAUCGACCACCUGAACCAGGAGAAGCUGGUGGAAAAGGCGCAGGACCUGUGGCAGUGGCUCCACCAGCUGCACGCAGAGAAGUUUGAGCUGGCUGAGAAGCUCAAGAGGCAGAAGUACGACAUCCACGUGCUCCGAAACCGAGUCAGCGACCACCAGAGGGGCUCCAAAGCAUCCAAGACCUCCCGCGGGGCAAAGGGCAAGUCUGGCUCGUGGAAGUAAAGGCCACGCCAUCGCAACUGGACUGUUUCUGGACUAUUUGUCUCCCGUGUCCCACUUGUAUCACAAAAGCUUUUGUUUGUGUGGGUUUGAGGGGGAACUCAGACUGAAGUACAUAAAGUUAAGCCAGCUUUGAUGUAUACAUAUCUGAUGCAACGUGUGGUGCUGAUGUCCCCGCUCCACUGCAGUUUACUGUGGUUGUUUAUCUUCACCUGUGCAGUUGAGAAGGAUUAAUAUUCAAAUACAUUAAAGCACAUUUUAAUCUUUGCAUUGAAUGUUAUUUCCUAAAGUGUGAAAUGAUCCGUUCUAAAAUAAAUGUAUUCUUACUCGACUCUAACUAAAACA